AUGCCGUAUGAUGAUCAUGCAAGGGCUCUCAAAUUGUUGCAUGCACUCGACUUGGAUGUUUGGGGCACAAAAGUGGAAGCGAUUGUUGAGUCUACUAAUUAUGAGACUCUUACAACUAAUGAGCUUUUCAGUAAGCUUAAAUCCAAAGAGAUCGACAUCCAAUUUCGGAAAAAGCUUAACAAUCCCACAGCUGGUUCUUCUUCAAAUAUUCCAAUGGCUUUGGUUUCUGGGAGUACUAACACUAAUGCUAAUCUUUCAUCUACUCCUAGUUUUGCUUUGUCCUCCUUGUGUCAUAUUGCAGAUGAUGAGUUGGAGGCACUUGAUGAUGAUCAGCUUGUUUUGCUCACCAACAAGUUCAAGCGGGUAUAUGAAAACAGGCGAAAUAGAAGGCGUUCAGAAGGAUGCUUCAAGUGUGGUGAGCGUGGACACUUCAUUGCUGAUUGUCCAAGCAAGGUGAAGGCACCGGAGCAUGGCAACAGCUACAGGCGCCAGGAACAAUCAAGGGACAGGAAGAACAAGAGUGAUAGGCGUGGGAGAAAGAAGGGACAACACAAGUUUACUGACAAGCAAAUCAAGAAGGCUGCACAUGUUCUCUUUUCUUCGCUGGGUAGCUUUGAUUCAGAUGCCUCCUACAACUCUAGUGAUUCAGAGUCCGAAGAUGAGAAGCCCAAAAAGACCAAUGAUGGAGGACUCUGUUUUCUUGCUGACAUCAAGGGAGGCAUGUGCACUAUGGCUUUAAAUGAGGGUGAUGCAUAUGACUGCAGCAACGACUCUUCUGAUAAUGAGGUACAAAAUUCUGCUGAAGAAGAAAUUGAAGAGUUGACUAAACUUGUUGAUAAACAAAAUAAAAUUCUAGCAAGACUUAAGGCUGAUCAUGAUAGAAUAUCUGCUGAAUUAAAAACACUAAAAGAUGCUACACCUGCUGCUGUAGAAUGUGAGGAAUGUUCUAUUCAUAUGGUUUCUAUUUCUGAAUUGCAAUCUAAGCAUGCUGUUUUAGUUGAUAAAUUUGAUUGUGCUAAGAUUGAAUUGGAAGAACUUCGCUCUCGUUCUGUUUUACUUGGUGCUUGUGCUACUUGUCCAAUUUUGCAAACUGAGUUGAAUGUUGCUAAAUGCCAUAUUGUUCAGUUGGAAAAACACACUUGUCCUGUUUUACCUGAGUGUUUGACUUGUCCUACUUUUGUUGCUGAAAUUUCCAUCUUAAAGAAGGACAAUGCUGCUUUAGAAGAAGAAAACAUUCAUUUAAGAACAAUCCUUGGUUGGUGUUCUGUGCGUGAGCCCCAGAUUGGUAUGACUAUUGCACAAAUUAAAAGGGGUGAGCAUUUUGGUGUUGGUUAUGAUUUGAAGCGUACUUUUGGUAAAAAGAAUGCAGAUGGUGAGAACAAUGGGCCUACUCCCAGUGAGAAGAGUCCACCGGUCUCACCUGAAGGUUUUGUGGUAGAACCUCCCAAGUCUGUUCCUAAAAAGCAGGAUGGAGGCGAGGAGAACAUAUGGAUAAUGGACUCUGGUUGUUCACGUCACAUGACCGGAGAUGAUAGAUGGUUCUCCAGCCUCACCCCCGCGAGCGGUAAAGAAUACAUUACAUUCGGGGACAAUAGUAAAGGAAAAGUGAUGGCACAUGGCUGUAUCAAGGUAACCAAUAAAUUCAUGCUAAAGGACGUCGCGAAGGGCGUCACAGUCUCACAACUUCUUGAUGAUGGUUUUGAAGUGCGUUUUAAGAAAGGUGAUGAUGAGAUUGGACAAAGCGUUUUUGAAGAUGAGGUUGAUGGACUUGACGAUGAUGAUGAUGCUACAGAGGAUCCAGCUGUGCUCAAGCUACCAUUGAGGGGGAGGCAACUUCUGUUAGAACAGCACCUCGACAUAUUCAGCGUCGCCAUCCACCUCAACAAAUGA